GUUUUGUGUUGCUGGUUUUACAGGUGCCGUGUUUUUCCUUCAAUUUCUCAGAACCAACAAAGCCAUGUCUGCCAAGUGAGGAGAAGAAGAUAAAAGCAGUUGAUGCUCGACAGACAGGACGUUCUCGUAAUUACGCUCCCUCUCAUUAUUAAAAUAUCUUUUUGUCUCCUUCAAAGCCAAAAUAAAUUGCAGCUGAUGAGCUGAAGGUGUAUUCCCUCCACACUCCCCUCAUUUCAUUUCUCUGUGGGAAAAACCAGCUUUAUCUCCUCAAAUUAGUUCGAUUGAUUUUCCCUUUUUUUUAUUUGAAAAGCCUGGAUCUGGCCAUUUAGGGUUACUCUUCUCGCCAUAACAAGCGAGAACAUAAUUCGAAAUAAAUUUGUCAACCUUUUCAAAUAAGAGGAACAAACUUGUAGUCAAUAUCUGUGAUUCUGGGAUUCAGAGAAGUGCAAAGGAGUGAUUUCCUCAUUUCGUUUUGUGAUUGAAUUUCUAAUUGGUGGUGGUGGUGAUGGGGAAGGCGGCAGUAGGAGCGGCGGUGGUUUGUGCCGCGGUGGUGUGUGCUGGGGCGGCGCUGUAUGUGCAGCACAGGAUGAGGAGCUCCGGGAAGUGGGCGAGGGCUAUGGCGAUACUAAAGGAGUUCGAGGACAAGUGUGGGACCCCAAUCUCGAAACUGCGACAGGUGGCCGACGCCAUGACUGUUGAGAUGCAUGCUGGCCUUGCAUCGGAGGGUGGCAGUAAGCUCAAGAUGCUCAUCUCCUAUGUCGACAAUCUUCCUACUGGGGAUGAGGAAGGACUGUUUUAUGCACUGGACCUUGGUGGCACAAACUUCCGUGUCCUGCGUGUACAGUUGGGUGGGAAAGAAGGACGUGUCGUCAAACAGGAAUGUGAGGAAGUUUCAAUUCCUCCACAUUUGAUGACUGGAACUUCGGAUGAAUUAUUUGAUUAUAUUGCUGAAGCGCUUGCAAAGUUUGUCGCUACAGAAAGUGAAGAUAUUCAUCUUUCACCUGGUAGACAAAGGGAACUGGGUUUUACUUUCUCAUUUCCAGUUAGGCAAACGUCAAUAGCAUCUGGAAAUCUUAUGAAAUGGACAAAGGGCUUUUUCAUUGAAGAUGCAGUUGGUCAAGAUGUGGUGGGAGAAUUAACAAGAGCUAUGGAAAGAAAAGGUCUUGACAUGCACGUGACAGCUUUGAUCAAUGAUACCAUUGGAACGCUAGCUGGAGGUAGAUACUACAACAAUGAUGUCAUUGCUGCAGUGAUCCUGGGUACUGGAACAAAUGCAGCCUAUGUUGAACGGGCUCAUGCAAUUCCCAAGUGGCAUGGACUUCUGCCUAAAUCUGGGGAAAUGGUUAUCAACAUGGAGUGGGGUAACUUCCGAUCAUCACAUCUGCCUGUGACAGAAUAUGAUCAAGCACUUGAUGCUGAGUCUUUGAACGUGGGAGAGCAGAUAUUUGAGAAGUUGAUUUCUGGCAUGUAUUUGGGAGAGAUUGUACGAAGAGUAUUGCAUAAGAUGGCUGAAGAAGCUUCCUUUUUUGGUGAUGUUGUUCCACCCAAACUGCAAAUUCCUUUUGUUUUAAGGACUCCUCAUAUGUCUGCAAUGCAUCAUGACUCAUCUCCAGAUUUGAAAGUUGUUGGAAGCAAGCUAAAGGACAUCUUAGAGAUAUCUAAUACCUCACUAAAAACAAGAAAAAUUGUUGUUGAGCUAUGUGAUAUUGUCGCGACUCGCGGUGCCCGUCUGUCUGCUGCUGGGAUCUUAGGCAUCCUGAAGAAGUUGGGGAAAGACAUGGUCAGGAACGGGGAAAAACAGAGGUCAGCGAUUGCGAUGGAUGGUGGGUUGUAUGAACACUACUCAAAAUUCAGUUCCUGCAUGGAGAGCACUCUGAAAGAGUUACUGGGAGACGAAGUCUCUGAGAGCAUUGUAAUUGAGCUCUCCAACGAUGGCUCAGGUAUUGGAGCAGCCCUCCUGGCAUCCUCUCAUUCUCAGUACCUCGAGGUCUGAGGAGUCCUGAAGAAGCAUCUAGGUUAGAUCAAGAAGCCAGCCUUUUUUCUUUUUCUUUUGUCCAAAUUUUGCAUAUCUUUCCCUUAAAAUCAUGAUGGAGAUUGUCAUGCCUUCCAGUUCAAGCAAUUGUGACCGCUUGACAGCGAAUUCUUAAUUUAUGGGCAUGGCAUGCAUAACUCAGUCGAGUGAUGGAUCAGAUAGCAUGGCAAAAGUUUCUGUGCUAGCUUCAUCCCUGUAAGUUUGCAGGUGUACUGUUGGGGAGUGCAUUAUACCAGAUUUAGAGAAUAAAACGGGGAUGUAAACUGUUCCUUGAGAAGUUAUAUUUGGGGGAA